GACAACUUUGUUCAAAACGACACUCCUUGUUGUGUGCAUAAUUUUUGUAGUGUAUGCAGAGGAACGCCCACAAGACUUUCUCGAGAAAUACAAAAAGUACAAUACAGUGUGUCAAGGAAUGGGUUAUAGAACAACUAAUUGCACAGCAGGAGAAAAAGGUAUAAUUUCAUCAAAAGAUGUGUUGGUCUUCCUGUGUGAAAUGUCAGAUAUAGAAUUACGUAAAAUUUUUGAUUUCCUUCAAGCUAGGUUACAUGGAUUCUCUGAUCAUGUUAGAAUCAUAGCUUUUCACUCACGAUUAUCGAAAGCUCAGGUUAACCUUGCCAACAAUGCUGUUGUUGUGUUUAAAAAGGUAACUCUGAACCAUGGAAAUGCCUAUGAUGCUAAAACAGGUAUUUUCACAGCACCUGAAGAUGGUAUCUACUCAUUCACGUGGAUUAUUCUAACACAAGCUGGGAAGAUGUUUAACACAGAUAUUGUUCUUAACAGUAAUAUAAUUGGCUACAAUCAUGCGGAUGGCGUCUCAGGCAGUUCGAGUUACUCUUCCGGAUCUUCGACAGCUAUAAUAAAAAUGAAGAAAAAUGAUAAAGUCUGGAUUAGAACACAUGGUGGAGAUGGGCAAUACGCUGUCGUAAGCUGGUCAUCGUUUUCCGGAUUUAGAUUGUAA